GUCUGGCAGGAGGAUAGCACUGUCCUGAGAUUAGGGGAUUGAGCAAAAAGCUGGCAUGCAGAAUGCGGGUUUUUAUAUAAUAGCUUUAGCAAAUAUCCUUUAGGACCCAGUGGAAAUGUUUGGGGAGGCAAACUUCGUGAAUAAUGGCCAAUCAUUAAGCGGUGAUGAGGGAAAAUCUUUGAGUGAGAAGCGCCUAAAAGCCUGUAGAAAAUGUAACAUCGGGAAAGCAGCAUUUCUACCACCGAUGACCGACAAACACGCGACGCCAGAAUUAGAGUUGAUUCAAUGUUCAAACCCGGAGGGACUUUUACUACAGGAGGUUACUGGAGUGCAGAGUGCCCGAUUCCUAUUUCCAGCAACAUGCCUUAUUUUGCAAAACUCUUUUUAUUAAUCUUUUGCUUAGUUCUUCUUGUGGAGAGCAGAAAGCACAGGAGGAGGAGAUGGACAAGCCAGCUGGAGGUGCAGAGGGCAAGUCACAUCUAUAAGAAGAAUCAUGACGUGACCAAAAACAGGAAAGGAAAGACGGAGCAUCUUCUCAGGGUUGAUGACCAUGACUUCACCAUGCGGCCAGCUUUUGGAGGCCCUGCAAUUCCUGUUGGGGUGGAUGUGCAAGUUGAAAGCUUGGACAGUAUUUCUGAGGUUGACAUGGAUUUCACUAUGACUCUUUACUUAAGGCACUACUGGAAGGAUGAGCGUCUCUCAUUUCCCAGCACCAACAACAAGAGCAUGACCUUUGAUGGCAGGCUGGUGAAGAAAAUAUGGGUCCCCGAUGUCUUCUUUGUGCACUCCAAAAGAUCCUUCAUUCAUGACACCACUACGGACAACAUCAUGCUGCGAGUGUUCCCCGACGGUCAUGUCCUCUACAGCAUGAGGAUCACAGUGACAGCAAUGUGCAACAUGGACUUCAGCCACUUCCCCCUGGACUCUCAGACGUGUUCUCUGGAGCUGGAAAGCUAUGCUUACACUGAUGAAGAUCUAAUGCUAUAUUGGAAAAAUGGGAAUGAAUCUCUGAAAACUGAUGACAAGAUUUCUUUAUCUCAGUUUUUGAUACAAAAAUUCCACACUACAUCAAGGCUAGCUUUCUACAGCAGCACAGGUUGGUACAAUCGCCUUUAUAUAAACUUCACUUUACACCGACACAUCUUCUUCUUCUUGCUCCAAACCUACUUCCCUGCCACCCUCAUGGUCAUGUUGUCCUGGGUGUCCUUCUGGAUUGAUCACCGAGCAGUUCCUGCCAGAGUCUCUUUGGGGAUAACCACUGUGCUGACCAUGUCUACAAUCAUCACUGGUGUGAAUGCCUCUAUGCCUCGUGUUUCCUACAUCAAAGCAGUGGACAUUUACCUGUGGGUCAGUUUUGUGUUUGUCUUCCUCUCGGUGCUGGAAUACGCAGCAGUGAAUUACCUGACUACGGUGCAAGAGCGGAAGGAGGGGAAGCUCCGGGAGAAGUUUCCCUGUACGUGUGGAAUACCUCAUUCGAAAACUAUAAUGCUGGAUGGAAACUACAGUGAAUCUGAUGCCAACAGCCUGGCAGGAUAUACAAUAAACCAGAUGGUCCCAGAGGAAGAAAAACAAGAAAAGAUGGUUGUACACUUAGCUGUGAGCAAUGAAUCUAAUUCAUCAAAGAAGAGAGGCCUGAAGGGCCACAUGGGCUUGCGCAUCAUCCAGAACACUCAUGCAAUUGAUAAAUACUCAAGACUAAUAUUUCCAGGCACCUACAUCUUUUUUAACUUGAUAUAUUGGUCUGUGUUUAGCUAAGCCUGCUGGCACAGCAAUGACCGAAGCAGAAGACAUUUACAAAACUCUUUUCUUUUUGUUCUUUUUCAGUCUACUCUGGAUGCAAAGCCAGAAAAUUGACUAUUAUAUUGCCUCUUUGGAAAGUAAAGAUGAGGACACAUCCUCCAGUGGGCAACUCCAUGUGCAGGCAUGAUGGAGGAACCUGCUCUGCAGGUUCUUUCCAACCCACACUCCAGCUCCUGUUUGCUUGAUAACAUGUUGUUUCUCAUACUUGAAAACGUGUGCUCACCAUUCACCCCAAAGCUGUUACAUGUUCAUUUGGGGCUCGUCAUGCUGGUGGUGCCUGCUGUGCAAUGGACAACCAAAGACAAUGGUCAUAUAGGCUGUCAGGGAUCAGACAAAUGCAAUUUACAAGGAAAAGUUAGGACAGUGCAUCUCCUGUAAAGGAACUGAAUGGGGCCUUUCCUUUUCAAAUCUCUGCUUUUGGGUAAAUCCUUUUAUUUCUAUUUGGCGUAUGACUAUCAUAUUUCUUUCCAUUGGUUUUUAAAGAAGGCCUCCUUUUAGUACCCAAAUUCAUCUUUCUCUGGAUAGGACCUUCAUUGAAACCAUUAAGGCAGUUGACUGGCCAGGAUCAACAGGGCUGGUUAUGGAGUGCAGGUGGUGUAUCUGAAUCAGUGGCCUUUUUUCUCCAGAUUAGAAGUAACAAGUGAUGAUGAAGCAGAGCAAAGAAGCCCACAGACUUACAGAACAUGCCUCUCAAGGUACAGGGGUAAUGAAAACAGGGAGGUUCAGGUAUGUGUUCCCCGCAUAACCUGAGCACAGCAUAUGAUAUGAUGUGCUUCCCCUCUAAAAUGAGAAGUUACCAUGUAGCAGGUACAGUCAGCACACGGUGAAUGGGUAGCAUCCCUGAGACCAUCACUUUCUCUCUCCAGAAGCAGAUAACAGUGUUGAGGACAGCACUGGUGGCUUUCAAGGAUUUUCCUCAUCCCUGUGAAGAAAAUGUAGCCACAGAGAAACUCUAUACAAAUGUCCCUAUCCCAGUCAACACAUUGUCCUACUGUUCAGGCAUUUUGGAUUAAGAGGGAGAGAUGUCUGCCAGAACCUCUCUCUGCAGAAACAUAGGCAUGUCGGAGAUUAAAUAGCCAAGAGUAAUGUGGGAUUCAACAAGACUCUGUCUGAACUCUGGCUGCAAGGUUGGUGUAAGUCAUUGGAAGCUAAUGGAGAGCAUUGUAACAAACUUCUGUGUCUGGCAUUUAAUUUUUCAUCCCAUGAUCUCGCCCUGUCCUUUGCUAACAAUGCUGAUGUCAAAGCCCAAAUAUAGAAACAUGAUAGCAACAAGACAGCAAUGUCCAGGUUUGUGUGCUCCUUAUUUUUAGAAAACACCAUGAAUUUCUGGCUCUGGUGGAGAUUAUGUUCAUCAAAACCUCUGGUUAUGAAGUCAAAUCGCAGCCUGAAGUAUGAAGACCCAGAACAGGGUUGACUCAAUGACAAGAUUACGUUAUAUAUCUGACUGGGUUUGGGCCACAAAGAGUCAGAUGAAUUAAUAAAAAGCAAACAAAAGUACUACUCAAACCAAAACUAUUUGUUGACCUGUGAAAUUUUCUGCUUACUGUAGCAGUAAUUCUUACACUCUGAAUCUCAAGAGGUGUAGAAGUUGGCAGAGAAAUGUCAAAUCCAGGCUGUCAACAAUACCCAGGUUUUCCCUUGUGCCUCAAAUUUUGUUGCCUAAGUCACAUUCAUGGCUGCAUUGAUUUACAGCCAUGUUAACAACUGACAUGAAUGGAGUUCUGUCUGGUUAUAAAAGUAAGAAAAUACAGCCCAGAAAUCACUGGGAAGAAGAGGAUCCACAGAAGGAUGGUAUCUGAAAGGAAGAAUUGCCCUGUUUCCCAGUCUACCACUUCUCUCUUGGGUCACCAGGCCGACACAUUUACCACACACCACUCCUCUUGGAGCUGAAAUCUGGAUACUUCUUACAUCAACAGGUGUUAUAUUAAAUAAAUAGCACACUCAUUUUUUUUAAGAGAAUAAAGUCUUGACAUAACAGUGUGCAUUUGUCAACAUAUGUGUGCAUUUUUUAGCCAUGGUGAAAGCAGAACAGAGCAGCGAGGGGAUUUUUGCUGGGGGAAGGCAGGAGAACUGCACCAUGAAGUCACCAGUCUCAGAUGUGAGAAACUCGGUUUGCCUGUACCCAGUGACCCCAUUUUUGCCCUUCUUUCUGCAUUAUCCAUGGCACAUGCCCUUUAACCUCUCAAUCCUUCAUCUCCGUCAUCUGGAAAAUGGGGAGCAAUGAUAUUUACCUACCUACCUCAUGAGGUGACGAGAGGCUUAACUUGCUUAACUAGCACAUGUGUGGGGCACAGUAAUGAUUUCUGAGCAGGUCACCCCAUUCCAGUGGGAAUCCAAAGGUUGCUGAUUUAAUUAUCACUGAGCUCUUCAAAUUAAAAUCUUCCUCUGAAUCAGUCCAGCUGGAAGAAUGUGGGUAUCUCCUCUGCCUUACAGUGAUAUUAAAACCAGAGAUAAUGUUGCCCAACAGCCAAAAAGUGAGCACUGUCAAUGAAUAAUGCCUCCUUGCAUACAAUAAAAAAAGAAGUCCUUGUGCUUUACUUUGCCAUUUGUUUUAAUUACUUCUGUUCACUUAGAAGUUAUGUGGUAAAAAGACAGUCCUUUAGAUCUUAUCACCUCUGUACUAGCACUGCCUGUGGUUUAAAUGCUAGCUAAUAAACACCCUCUGCAGAGGCUACCUUAAUGUUAUUUUAUAGACAUCUAUACGUAACUGAUCGAGACUAAUGUCUGUUUCUUCUAGACACAAUUACACAGCCUAUAAAACCAUCAAGGAGGAUUAUUUUCCAUUAAAGGAAAAAAAAAACACCUCUGUCUUAGGCACCACUUACACUUACUAUCCAUUAAAACAAUAGAUGAGAAGUACAGAUAGAAAUAAACCCAAGAUAUCUCUAAGACAUUGCAUGAAUUGUGGUUUUCUGCUUAUUAAGAGGAGAGGGCUAGGCAUGAAGCUAGCACAAAUAUUUGAAGUAUGAUCUUGAACAUGGAUUUCACCUUUCAUCUCCUCUGGACUAUGAGAAACUCCAUAAGCACUGUCUAACUUCUAGCUGCAAGAUCCAACCAGUGAUUUGAGAAACAGCGCCUGAAGUGAGGCUCUGAAUACUGGUUAUGGAUACAGCCCAAUUCUGUGAAGCACUGAGCAGCUGGAAAAUAAACCUACCAAAUGACAGAAUUUUCUGUAGUGCACAAGGGAUCUGGGCAAGUGGAGCCCUCUGAUGAACACGUUUUCUCUGAACAACCUGGUCCAAUUGUGAAGAGAGCAAAUGUCAGCCCUGCUCAUUCUGCAUCUGACUUCAUCGUACUUUUGCUUACUUCUAAUCAAAUCAUGACUUUGAAAGAAAGUAACUCUCUCUCUCUCUCUCAUAUAUAUAUAUGUACAUGUAUGUAUAAUGUAUAAUGUAUAAUGCAUUAUGUAUAAUGUAUAUGAAGCUAGACUAUAACAAGGAAAGACACUUGGAUGUGUACCUAUGUUAAAUAGUGUACAUAUUGUGGAAUUGUAAUAUAUUGUAUGUAAAUUACCAUUUAUUAUGCCCAGAAAACUUACUAUGUUGAAUUGAGAAAAGCUCUCAUUGCCAGCUAAGGGACAAGAAAUGAGGUACUAGCAAAUUAUUCCAUAAAUAAAAACUAUGAGUUCUCUAAUAUUUUCCUUCUGGAAAAGGAAGUGUUGAGAAGUUUGCAAGGAAGUCUGAUGCUAAACUGGUUUUGCUGCUCAUUGUAAUCAAACCUGGUAAUAAAAU